AUGAUUCCAACGUCGCGUAGACAGCGAUACUUUCGCCCCAAUUCGCCGCCAGUGUCCGCCAAUUCAUCUUCAGUAGGCAGCUCAUCAGGUGACACUCAUCGACCCAUGAACGUGCUAGAACAAGCGGAGUUAGUCAUCGAUGGAGGGGACGAUCAACAAGUAUCUCAUGAGGAGAUCGUAGACGAUGGUACCACUGAAAUGGUCGUCGAUCACCACGGACACCACCAGCAACAACAACAGAUACGAGGAAAUCAGAUACAUCAUCACCAAGUUUAUGACAACAGACAGCCAACAACAACUACCGUAUACCAAGUACAUCAGCAGGCCCAGCAACCGCAAGGACAACCUCGUCGUGCUAUUGGAAGACCAUCGUUACAAAGACCACAAAACUAUGGAACAAGUCCGAUGGAUAUGGUGCAAAAAUUGCAGAAUAAGAAUGUGUAUAUGCCACAACAAAGACCGCAAACUAGGAUCUCCCCGGCUGGAGCAAGAAUUGUCAGUUUUGCUGGAAGGAAAAGAGAUAAUCCAGAAUCAUUGCCACCAGGAGUUAAGAAAAUGAAUAUCGCCUCCACACGUCCUCACCCCAUUUCACAACUUCAGUCUACACAACAACAACAACAAGUUCAACAUCAACAAGCUCAACAACAAGUAACCCAAAAGAGUCAUCAACCAGUGAAGGUUGUUCGAUUAGCUGCUGGUGGAGCUCGUGCUAAUCCAACAGCAUCAGAGCACGCUCUUAUUGAACUAGAAGCCAACAUUAAGCAGACUAUUGAAGACUCGAAAGUUGACAUGGAAAGGCUGCGAGAACUUCAAGAGGCCGAGCUCACACAAGACGAUUAUCAUCAAUAUCUGGGAAUGUUAUUGAUGGAUUUGGAAAGGGCUAAUGAGGCAAAUUCGACACUCAACAAUUAUUACCGCGAGCGUCAGAGGCACGAGAAGACAAUCAGUGAUGCUCGCGAAGUGGCGUUUUCAGCAAGAAUCAGACAAUUGGAGACGGAAAAUCGGAAGCUGAGAGAUUCGGUUCAUGCAAUGUAUUGCGCGAAAUUCAAUGAAGCUGGUGGACAUAAUAACAUGUAUCGUGGGGAUCAUAUGGGCCAAAUGAUUGUCGAGCAAGAAGAGCAUGUUGUAAUUGAGGGACAUGGGGAUAAUAAUCAAGAAGCGGAAGAAGUUCCACAGGAAUGGAUUGUUGAGGAGACUGUCGAAGAGCAUCGUAUGCACCUCGAGGAGCUGGAACCACAAGACCACACACAUCUUGUUGAUGAUCAACAACAUCAAGAAGAUGAUGCUGAUGAUAAAGAGAAGGCGUUAAUGGUUCGAAACGAUCAAUUUGGUGGCGCUGGAACUUCGGGAGGACCUAGUUAA